AGAAAAAGAGAUUGCUUGAGGUGUCUCGCACAUACUAGUAGGGAAAACAUUUUAGAGUUGAUUGUGGCACCAUGUAUACUGCGUUCGAAGUUUUACUGUUGCGAUUAUAGUUUUGAAAUCCGUUUUAUUUUUUUUUACAAAUAACUGUACUUACAUCUGCAAAUAAUUCCCAAUCGGUUUAUCAUUUUAUCUUUCACAAAAUGUGCGAAGUUAAUUGUAAAAAUGUAGUCUUUUAAAAUUUCAAAAUAGUCGACGAUAUAUUGCUACAGUUUGCUCUUUUUAGUUGGUGAAAUUAAAUAUGUACGUUGCAAAUAUAACAUUUUCCUUAAAAUGUGGAAUAAAUAAAAUAGUGAUUCCGUGUUCAUAUAACCUCUUUAUAGUAAAAACAGUGAUCUAUAAAAUUGAUCGAAAAAAAAAUAACCGAUCUUAAAUUACAAUAGCCAAGUGCAGAUUAACUUAGCAGAGCAGAGAAUGCGAUCAUAGUGAUGUGUAUCCAUCGGUGGUUAUGAUCAAGUCGGCAUAUGCGUGAAUGCUUUGGCUAUAUCUUCACCAUAUUUAAAUGUCAAAAUACAAUAGAACCUACUAUCAACUUAUGGUUUUUCAUCUUUCUAUGGCACAGAUCCAAAAAUCAUGUGUUUGAUCAAAAUGAAAUAGAGUGAAAUGAACACAUAUUCGUACAAAGGAAUAUAUUUAUAGUAUGAUAAUGCCCGAUAAAAUUCAUUUUCUUUGCUCCUGCCCUGACUACUUGCGCGGAACAGCGAAACCGACAAAGAAAACCACAUGCAAGCAAUGCAAAGGAAUUAAAUUACCAUUUGCACCGAUUGGAGGCACUGUACGAAUGUUGUCAACUCCGUAUGUAUUAGAUUCGGCAGUAACGAGAAAUUGUUUUGGAACAGUUCGAUUGCCUUCAGCAUUAUCAUAUGAGCGUCAAAGGCCAAGACUUUUGUGUAGAGAAAAUGACCCAUACAACUUUUUACGCCAAUCACGACUCCUAUGCAUGGAGUCACAACAACAAUGCAACCAAAUUCCAAACGUUCCGAAUGAUAUGCUGUUAAUUAAACCAACUCGACCAUUUGGGAAUAAAUCAACUCGAAAUUCCGAUUCAUUUUCUCCAAUAAUACCAUCAGAAUUUUACUACAAUCGUUCAAUUCUUAAUCCAUACGAGUUGAUUUCGUCCACAUUACAUAAUAAUGAAUUUUCACCAUCUGCGAGUAUGUAUGAUCUUAUGCGAAGAAAUGAACUAUCUGCAAACGAUACAAGGGGAACGACAAUAAAUGAGAUUGGUCGAUUCAAUAUUUUGGACGUUUCGACUUCUAAUCGACCAACUGAAAUUGAAAUAAUAAAGCCAAAAUCUUCUUGUUUGCAACCGCCCCCUCCUCCAACAUUGGAAUCUUUACCGUUGUCAGUUAAAUCGAUUCCGAAUAAGAUACUGAAAAAUUGGGAUACUAGUAAAUUGCUUGAAACAGAAUUUCCUGGUGAAAAGUCAAACUUCAUGAAAUCUUCUUUAAAAGUGAAUAUGAUGCAAAAUGGCCUUAAGAAGAUAAUCAAGGAAACAAAAUCAGUACGCGUCGAUGAUGUAACAACUUUAACAGUAGGGCGCUCCAAAAGAGUGCAAUUUAAUACUUUACCUGAACUACCGCGAUCGAAAGAAAAUAACAGCAACUAUAUUUUGAGUGAUUUUGGUAAGCAAAACAACUCGAAUGUCCCGUAUAAUGAUAAAAUAUUUGAAGAAGAAGUUCCCGUAAGUUCAGCCAAAGGUCAUAUGAAUUUAGAAGCCGGUUUAAAUAGCAGUCAAAGAAGAAAACCUGUAAUGCGCUCAAUGAGUGAUCGACGUGAUAAGGACUCGAACGAAGCUCCUAACUUCAAAGAUACGACUGCAUUAAGAACAAAAUCGAAGAGAGCAAGUCCGCAACAACUUUUUCAGAAACCAAAUGGAUCAUCAUAUCCCACCGAAAUUGCACGACCAACAUGCCCCCCACCAAAAUUGCCAAUUUUUUGUCACAAUAAAACUGCACCACAACGUCCACCCCGUCAGCAAAGUAGAAAAUCAACGAAACAUGUUUCAUCAAUUUCCAAGGUUGAUGAAGCCAAAGCUUCACGAAUUUUUGGUUUAUUGCCUGUGUCAACGAUCAAUAAGAACAAAAUCCAAAUUCAUCCAAUAAUCAAGGAAACAAAUGAUCCAUUGAACUCAACAAUUCAAAAAACUUCAAUAACAAUAAACAAUGAAGCAUGUUCAUCAACUGUGAACGUAAACGAACAUGUCAAAAAUCAUCAUUCGUCUGUAUUGAUAAAAAAUAACUUACACCAAAUUGAUGACAAAGACAGUCAAAAAGAUGUCGAAGAAAAGCAGAAUAACUUGGAAAAUAUUUCUCAAACUUCAACAACGGAAAUGGCGAUUGUUUGUCAUGAUAAAGACAGUGCGACUUCAAAGAACAUCGAUAUACUCGAAAUCGUUUCAACGAAUAUAGAAAAAACGAAAAUGUUAAUUUGCUUGGACUAUGCACACAGUACACAAAGUGAUGGAGUAUUUUCAGAAGAAAAUGAAUCGACUGAAUUUACGACAAAAAGUGGGUCUGGUGAACAAUCAAAUGGCAGUAUGAGUGCACCAAGACCUUUUGCAGAUAGUUUUAUACUGAAACUUUUAAGCGACCCUUACUUGAGUCAUAUGUUCUAUGGCCUGGAGGCAAAGACUAUUGCAAAUAUUAUAGAGAAUUCGUUGGUUCGGCUGCGCAUAGGCAAAUACAAUUUCAGCGCUAGAUCUACCAAAGACACAGAUAAACAAUUCAUAUCAUCUUUACAUGAUAUAAUCAAAGAAGAACGCUCUAAGUACGAUGCAACAAAUACAGUAUUCAAGUUGAAUGACCUACAUGUGUCAAAUUCCGACGACUUUCAACAAAAGGAAUUAUUUAGUAACAUAAAUAUUAAGAAAUUGUAUUCUGCCCAGAAGCUCCACGAAAUGCUCGUCGAUGCAUCAUUAUGGAAAAACGGCCAAUCGUCAGCAUCUGACUCACAAAAUCAUCAAUACGAAUCUAUAAAUUGUGAUCCAAUCUACGAAGAAAUUAACGAAAAACCUCCACCUUUACCAACAAAUCCACCGCCGAUUUCCAAUAGUUCUCUAGAUAAAUACUAUAAACCAAUGUUUUUAGGAGCUACAAAACACGAUAUAUUAUCGUAUUUAGUUGAUGCGAAAAAUCGGAUCUUUGUUGCAGAAGAAGUUCCGUUCAAGUUUUGCCGUCGUUCCACAGAUGAUGAUGUAAUAUCUCUAGAAAAGGUACCUGAACAUAAUGGGAAAGCUUUAAAUAUAAUACGAGACAUCCCGCAAAAUAUGAAUGAACUAAGAGCAUAUGGCAAUGACAAAUGUAUAGCGAGUAUCGAACGAAACGAUUCUGGAGUGGGAUCUGAAACAAGCAAAACUUCACGAACAAAGUACCAACCUAGUGUUUUAGAAAAUAAAAAGGUUUUUUUGUGUGAAGACUGUGAUGAUCCAAUUCAAAUACUCGAUGGGGCAGAUAUUUAUACGCCAAUUAUAUGCCGAAGUUGUUGCAAGAAACGUGCUGAACGUCGCGAAAUUCUGUGGGAAUUCAUCGAAACCGAAAAGAAGUAUACUCGAGACUUACAGAUCAUAAUUGAUGAGUUUUAUCGCCCAAUGUUGGUAGCCGGCCUACUUUCACAGGAGCAACUAUCCGCAAUAUUUUUGAACAUCGAAGAACUACUUGAAAACAGUGAAGUAUUAUGUGCAAAAAUAAGAGAUGCGCUUGACACAGCUAUCAAGGAGUGUGAUGAUGAUCUCUUCUCUGUUGACAUAGGAAAGAUCAUCCUGGAGACCACACCAAUGCUUACAGCAUUUGAAACCUAUUGUAUACAACAGGCUGCUGCGAGCUUACUGCUUGCUAAUCUGGAAAAAGAUAAGGAGUUGCUACGAAUAUUCUUACGAGUUUCUCAAAUGGAAAAUACAGUAUUACGUCGCAUGAACUUGAAUUCAUUUUUGAUGGCGGAAGACGAUUCCCGGACAAAACACUGGUAUAACCAACUUCAAAAACAUUCUCAAGGAACGGGUGCUUGGCGCAAACGUAGAACGGCACUUGCUAAUAUUAUGAUAAAUGGAAUGAUGCUACGCCAGUAAAUAUCCCAAUCAAUAUUUUGGAUCGUAUAUAGAGUUGAAUCAAAUAAAAGUAAAGUAAAGUUACUCCCUCUAUAUGGAUUAACCAGUAAAAGGAACUACCAAAUAUUAUUCAAUUUUCAAACCUGGAUAGAUGGAAUUACUUUAUUUACAAAUAAGAAGAGAGAGAGAGGGGGGGCCAAAAGCGUUGUAAACGUUAUUUAGAUGAAAGGUUUAGAAUUGACUGAAUACAUUGAAAUUAUGCUUCAGAACGUUAAUUCCAUUAAUAUAGUAAUUUCAAAAUAAAUCUAUUAAUGCAAUUGAUUCAUUUGUAUAAAAUUUAAUAAAUAUAUACUAUUUUGAACGAACGGAACGAUUAACUGCGUUUUUUUUAUAUAUAUAUUUGAUGUUCAUUCGAUACAU